AGCGAGCGGGGACCGGGCUUUCGUGCCCUUUCCCCUGCCCCUGGGCUGCCAGGAUGGAGGCAGGGUCAGGGACUCCAGGCGGCCCGGGCUCCGAGAGCCCCAACCGGGCGGUGGAGUACCUGCUGGAGCUGAACAACAUCAUCGAAAGCCAGCAGCAGCUGCUGGAGACUCAGCGGCGGCGCAUUGAAGAGCUGGAGGGCCAAUUGGACCAGCUCACCCAGGAGAACCGCGACCUGAGGGAAGAGAGCCAGCUACACCGCGGGGAGCUGCACCGGGACCCCCACGGCGCGCGGGAUAGCCCCGGCCGCGAGAGCCAGUACCAGAACCUACGCGAGACUCAGUUCCACCAUCGCGAGCUGCGGGAGAGCCAGUUCCACCAGGCGGCUCGGGACGUGGGAUACCCGAACCGGGACGGCGCCUACCAGAACCGGGAGGCUGUGUAUCGUGACAAGGAGCGGGAAGCCUCCUACCCGCUCCAGGACACUAACUACCCACCCCGCGAGCGCGAUGUGGCCCAGUGCCAUCUGCACCACGAGAAUCCAGCCCUAGGUCGCGAGCGUGGCGGGCGGGAGGCCGGGCCAGCUCUCUCUGGCCGCGAGAAGGAAGCUGGCUAUUCCGCGGCAGUGGGCGUGGGGUCGCGGCCACCGCGGGAGCGAGGCCAGCUGAGUCGUGGCGCAUCCAGGAGCUCUAGCCCUGGGGCCGGGGGAGGCCACAGCACCAGUACCAGCACCAGUCCAGCCACAACCCUCCAGAGAAAGUCCGAUGGUGAGAAUUCCAGAACUGUCAGUGUGGAGGGUGAUGCCCCAGGCAGUGACCUGAGCACAGCGGUUGAUAGUCCUGGGAGUCAACCCCCCUACAGACUGAGCCAGAUGCCCCCCACCAGUAGCCACAUGGGGGGCCCCCCUGUUGGGGUGGGCCUUCCCUGGGCUCAGCGGGCACGCCUCCAGCCAGCCAGCGUCGCCCUGAGGAAGCAAGAGGAGGAGGAGAUAAAGCGCUCCAAGGCCCUAUCGGACAGCUAUGAACUCUCCACAGACCUGCAGGACAAGAAGGUGGAAAUGCUGGAGAGGAAGUAUGGGGGCUCCUUCCUGAGCCGUAGGGCUGCCAGGACCAUCCAGACAGCCUUCCGCCAGUAUCGCAUGAACAAGAAUUUUGAGCGACUACGCAGUUCAGCUUCUGAGAGCCGCAUGUCCCGCCGCAUCAUCCUUUCUAACAUGAGGAUGCAAUUCUCCUUUGAGGAGUAUGAGAAGGCACAGAACCCCGCGUACUUCGAGGGCAAGCCUGCCUCGCUGGACGAGGGUGCCAUGGCUGGUGCCCGGAGCCACCGGCUUGAACGAGGGCUCUCAUAUGGAGGCUCCUGUGGUGGGGGCAUUGAUGGUGGUGGAAGCUCUGUCACCACAUCUGGAGAAUUUUCUAAUGACAUCACAGAGCUGGAGGACUCCUUCUCCAAACAGGUAAAGUCUCUGGCUGAAUCCAUCGAUGAGGCCCUGAACUGCCAUCCAUCAGGGCCCAUGUCUGAGGAGCCAGGGUCAGCCCAACUGGAGAAGCGGGAGUCGAAAGAACAGCAGGAGGAUAGCUCAGCCACCUCCUUCAGCGACCUUCCCCUCUACCUGGAUGAACCAGUUCCCCCACCAUCCCCUGAGCGACUGCCCAGCACAGAGCCCCCAACCCAGGGCCGGCCUGAGUUCUGGGCACCAGCCCCUCUCCCGCCAGUUCCUCCACCAGUGCCUCCAGGGACCCGGGAAGAUGGUGGCCGUGAGGAAGGCACUCGCAGGGGUCCUGGGUGCUUGGAGUGCCGGGAUUUCCGACUGCGGGCUGCACACCUUCCCCUGCUUACUAUUGAGCCUCCUAGCGACAGCUCCGUGGACCUGAGCGACCGCUCAGAUCGCGGCUCUGUCCACCGCCAGCUGGUGUAUGAGGCUGAUGGCUGCAGCCCCCAUGGGACCCUGAAGCACAAGGGGCCACCAGGCAGGGCCCCAAUCCCACACCGACACUACCCAGCCCCUGAGGGCCCAGCCCCAGCCCCUCCAGGGCCCCUGCCACCAGCCCCCAACAGUGGCACUGGGCCCAGUGGUGUCCCUGGGGGUCGGAGGUUGGGGAAGUGUGAGGCAGCAGGUGAGAACUCUGAUGGUGGAGAUAAUGAGAGCCUUGACAGCUCCAGCAAUUCCAAUGAGACCAUCAACUGCAGCUCUGGCUCCUCUUCUCGGGACAGCCUGCGGGAGCCUCCAGCCACUGGCCUCUGUAAGCAGACUUACCAGCGGGAGACGAGGCACAGCUGGGACUCACCAGCCUUCAACAACGAUGUGGUACAGAGGCGGCACUACAGAAUCGGCCUCAACCUCUUCAAUAAGAAGCCAGAGAAGGGUAUCCAGUAUCUGAUUGAGCGGGGCUUCCUGUCAGACACGCCAGUGGGAGUGGCUCACUUCAUCCUGGAGCGGAAAGGCCUGAGCCGGCAGAUGAUAGGGGAAUUCCUAGGGAACCGACAGAAGCAGUUCAACAGAGACGUGUUGGACUGUGUGGUAGAUGAGAUGGACUUCUCCUCCAUGGAUUUGGAUGAUGCACUCCGGAAGUUCCAAUCCCAUAUUCGAGUUCAGGGUGAGGCCCAGAAAGUGGAGCGACUCAUUGAAGCCUUCAGCCAGCGGUACUGUGUGUGUAACCCAGCCCUUGUGCGCCAGUUCCGGAACCCAGACACCAUCUUCAUCCUUGCUUUUGCCAUCAUUCUCCUCAAUACCGACAUGUACAGUCCCAGCGUCAAGGCUGAACGCAAGAUGAAACUAGAUGACUUCAUCAAGAACCUGAGAGGGGUUGACAAUGGUGAAGACAUCCCCCGAGACCUCCUGGUAGGCAUCUACCAGCGCAUCCAGGGGCGUGAACUGCGGACCAAUGAUGACCAUGUGUCCCAGGUGCAGGCCGUGGAGCGCAUGAUUGUGGGCAAGAAACCCGUUCUGUCUCUCCCUCACCGUCGACUGGUUUGCUGCUGCCAGCUCUACGAGGUGCCAGAUCCAAACCGCCCCCAGAGGCUAGGGUUGCAUCAGCGGGAGGUCUUCCUCUUCAAUGAUCUCCUUGUGGUCACCAAAAUUUUCCAGAAGAAGAAGAUCUUGGUGACAUACAGCUUCCGUCAGUCCUUUCCCCUUGUGGAAAUGCACAUGCAGCUCUUCCAGAAUUCAUAUUAUCAGUUUGGGAUCAAGUUGUUGUCUGCAGUACCUGGCGGAGAGCGGAAAGUCCUUAUCAUCUUCAAUGCUCCCAGCCUCCAGGACCGACUGCGCUUUACAUCUGACCUACGCGAAUCCAUUGCUGAAGUGCAGGAGAUGGAGAAAUACCGUGUGGAGUCGGAGCUAGAGAAGCAGAAAGGUUUGAUGCGGCCUAACGCCUCACAGCCUGGAGGGGCCAAGGACUCAGUGAAUGGGACACUGGCCCGCAGUAGCCUGGAGGACACUUAUGGGGCAGGCGAUGGGCUCAAACGAGGUGCACUCAGCAGUUCCCUGCGAGACCUCUCUGAUGCAGGGAAGCGGGGGCGGCGUAACAGCGUGGGAUCGCUGGACAGCACCACUGAAGGGUCUGUUAUUAGCAGUCCACGCCCUCACCAGAGGAUGCCACCUCCGCCCCCACCCCCGCCGCCAGAGGAGUACAAGAGCCAGAGGCCCGUCUCCAACUCCUCAUCCUUCCUGGGCUCCCUAUUUGGAAGCAAGCGGGGCAAGGGGCCCUUCCAGAUGCCACCACCGCCAACAGGCCAGGCCUCUGCCUCCUCUUCAUCUGCUUCUUCCACCCACCACCACCACCACCACCACCACCAUGGUCACAGCCAUGGUGGCCUAGGGGUGCUGCCUGAUGGGCAGUCCAAGCUCCAGGCCCUGCAUGCCCAGUAUUGCCAAGGACCAGGCCCUGCCCCACCACCUUACCUCCCACCCCAGCAGCCCCCUCUACCCCCACCUCCUCAGCAGCCCCCACCCCUGCCCCAACUGGGCUCCAUUCCACCACCUCCAGCCUCAGCCCCACCUGUGGGGCCACAUCGUCACUUUCAUGCACAUGGCCCAGUCCCAGGCCCCCAGCACUAUACCUUGGGCCGGCCAGGCAGGGCUCCCAGACGGGGGGCUGGAGGGCACCCUCAGUUUGUCCCACAUGGCCGCCACCCCCUGCACCAGCCCACAUCCCCACUGCCCCUGUACAGUCCUGCCCCCCAACACCCUCCAGCCCACAAACAGGGCCCCAAGCACUUCAUCUUUAGUCACCACCCACAGAUGAUGCCAGCUGCAGGGGCAGCUGGGGGCCCUGGAUCCCGGCCAUCAGGAGGCUCCUACUCCCACCCCCAUCAUCCCCAGUCACCAUUGUCACCACACUCACCCAUCCCACCCCACCCUUCCUACCCACCACUGCCUCCACCCUCACCCCACACCCCACACUCGCCUCUGCCGCCCACCUCACCCCAUGGCCCACUGCACGCCUCUGGGCCCCCUGGCACAGCCAACCCACCCACUGCAAACCCCAAGGCCAAGCCAAGUCGGAUCAGCACCGUGGUCUGAUGAAUGGAUAGUGAGCUGGGGCCCAGGAAGGUCUGGGGAAAUGACUGCAGAGGGCCCUUGUACCCUCUUUUCUUCCUAAGUUUUUCCAAAAUAUAUAUACAUAUAGAAAUGUCCUCUUUGCCCCUUCUUCCCUGCCUUGGGAUCCCUCUUCUAACUCCCACAGUAUAGUCAUCAUGGGUUUCCUUCCAGAUUUGAGGACCCCUGCCACUUGAAGCCUGGACUCAGGGCUGUCUAGCUCUAGGAAGUAGUGAGGAUCUUUCAGAGAUCCUCUUCCUCUUUUUCCUCUCUUCUUCUUUCCCCCUUUUCUCUGGAGGUCUGGCUGGGGGGCUUUAGACCUCCAGGCCAAAUGAGCUCCCUUUCAUCUCUGGCUGGGAGAGAAGGAUAGGCCUCCAGAGCUGUAGAGGUGAAGGUUUCCCCAAGGUUCCUCUGGGUGUGUGGGGCUAGGAGAGAGCUCUGUAGAGUUGUGGCUAAACCUCAGCGGGCUUGGCCCUCUCUCUGACCUCAGGGCCUGGCCACACACCUCUAUGUGUCUUUCUGCCUGCUGGAGGACAUAGACUGCCAAUGCACUGGUAGGUAGGAUCCUGCUUAUGCUAGCUCCUAGAUGGGACAAUGCUUUCUCUCUAGAGCCAGUCUAUGCCCUUUCUCCAAUAGCCCCCAGCCCAGCCCUCUUCAGCUUCAGGACCUUGCCUCUCCCAGCAACACAACGUUCUUAUCCUGAUUGACGUCCAGAUAGAUUUUGGGGGGCCCAGGUCUGGGAUGAGAAGGGCACUGCCCUCCCUCACCCAUAUUGCAUGCCCCCCCCCCAUUCCCUUACACCUACCCUACCUACAACUGAAGACAAUGCACUUUACAGAUACUGCCCACAUACACCUCGCUGGGGCAGGGUACCCAGCAUCAGCCCUAGGGAGAGAGGCUCCCAGAGGGCCAUUAUGAGCCCAAGAUGUCCUUCCUGAGGCAGAGAUGGAAGCCAUCAAAGUGGGGGCUGGGAGCCAAGAUGCCUGAGUCCUUCUGUCCUUCAAAAUCUCCUCUGCCUCUCCAGCCAUUUAUUUAUUAUAAAUAUAUUUUUUACAAGCCCCAGCUCCUCUUCUUGUCCUACAUAUCAAGCCCCUUUCUCAGCUCCUGCCUCCCUCUCCCCUCUCUACCAUGGGCUGUAGUACAGACAGACAGACCUUGGCUGUAUGAAGGGUCAGGGACCCCGGGGCUUGGGGGCAAGGGAGGAGGGCAGUGGGAGGGGUUGUACGGAGAGGAGCCGGGGUUCAGACAUUGUCUUUUUUCCUUCUUGUAUAUAAGAAUGUAUAUUUGAUGCCUCAUAAAAGACCUUGUGCUCACCUCCUGCCUCUGCCUCCUACUUAUGCCCCCUCCCUCCACUGUGGAGCCCCAAGAGAAAGGGGCCUUAACCCAGGGAGGUAUUGUGCUAAUGGCAGUUCAGGCAAGUGGGUGGGCAAGGUAUUUUGGUUGGGUGGGAGGUGGGGGUGAGGGAUUUUUCCCUAUCUCAUUUCAUAAAUGGUCUGCAUGACAUAGUGGGAGAGUAUAGACUUUGGAGUUGAUCUAGUUCAAUCCUGGGUUUUCCACUCCCUAAGCAUGUGAAUUUGGGAAAGUUACCCUUAGUCUCAGUUUCCUCAAUUUAAAACUGGGGAUGAUAAGCCUUUGCCACUUGGAGUUUUGAUGGUUCCAUGAAGUAAUGAAAGUCAAGCAGCCUGCAUGGAGUAAGGUGCUCAACAAGUUAGUUCCUUUCUCUUCCACAGGUUUGGUAUUUCCUUCCACUCUUGUGUCAUCUAUCCACACCCUUCUGUGGCUGGCCUGGCUUUGCCCUGGAGUCCCCCUCCACAACUGCUAGCCACAUCUCUAUUCUUGAGGGGUGGGGAGGGUGGCUUGGCCCAGGAAGGCACAGAGCUAGAUACAUUAUAAG